AUAUCAGGAUGCUGGAAGGGGAGAGGACCGUGAUGGAAAUUAUAGAGAGACUGUGGAAGAAAUAAAGAAGAUGGGUAGAAACUACUGGAUAACAUGAAUGUGUUUGCGGCAUCAAGAUUCAGGAGCGAAUGUAGCACAGAACCAAUAGAAAGUCAGCAAGAAUUACCUACAGAAAUGGUGGGAUGUUUGAAAACUGGCCUCACGUUCUAGUAGUGGAUGACUGUAAACUCCUUUUAGGUGAAAUUGUCAGAAGCUCGUAGCUGUUUAACACUUUAGUGACUCAGGAGGACACCAAAGACAAAGUGUGAGUAAUUUCGCUACACAUGGACAUCACGCAGAUGUAGUAGACACCACAGAUAGGAUUCCUUGAAUUGUAAAACGUUGGAAGCAAUCAGUCACAGAAUGGGGAGACGAGCGGCUGAGUUUACCACUCCAGUCCCGGUUUUGGGCGUCCCAGCCUUGGUUGGAGCGCGUGGUUGGAAAACAACGGGAGACGAUGGCACCGGAGGAGCGCAGCUGCAAACGUGGGGUCUUCAGAGCAGCAGCGUUGGCGUGCAAACGUCUCCAGGGAUAAAUAGGACACCUUCUGAGCGGUGCACGCGGCUAACGUAUAAACUCCACACGCAAUCGGACCAGAGAGCCCACAUGACUAAUGAGUACAAAGAGAUACUUAUACUCACAAAUGAGAAGGAAAAAGGAGUAAAAAGUGGGGACUUGAAGAGUAAAAAGGAAGUGACUUUCCAAAAAUCUUUGACGGACGUGCACGCGAUCAAGUCCAAGCCUCAUUUUGCAAGACUUGGAACCAAUGCAACAACAAAAGCCACUUUCCGCUAUGCCAACGGUAGUGUUGUUGAUUCAGAGGCAAUGGGUGGCAUUAGCGUUGAUCAUAAUGAAUCCACCUCAGUUCGCCAAAAAAGACUGCAAAGCAAUUACACAGAGCAGUCGAGAGAUAUGUUACUGUAUGCUGUUCCCAGACAAAAAAUAUGCAACCAGUGUGGGGGCAGACGAACAGCAGGUGUUGAGAUUUUAGGAAAGAGAAGGGAAGAGCUAUUUCAUUCAACACAUGAAUUGCUUUACUCUAGCAAACAGCUUGUGUUGCCCCAUAAUGAGAACUAUAUCCAACCAAGCAAGCAUCAACUCCCUGAGAAUUCCCCUCACGGCGAAAAAGAGACAAGCCCUCAAGAAGGAUCACAUCUUCAAGAGGCACUACCACUUGGAAUAACACGACACCCUGCCUGUCCAGUCCAUUCAAUGAAAGGAGCAUUUUCUAUGCCUAGACAUGGCGCUGCCUCCACCGAAACUCAAAGCAUCCACGCUGUCGCCGAAGUCUAUGAAAUAAAAACGGAAGAUGCUUUAAAAAACAAUAAAAUCCUUCAAACGGGAAGCCUUCCAUCGACUCCUCUCAUGGCCACGGCUACCAAAUCAAACUACCCGCGUACACAAACCCAUUCAAACUACCUGCAAAAGGUGUGCGUAUCCGUGCACGCUACACAAGAAAACUCUCCUUCUCAUUUUUACACAACAUCCAAAGGACACGCUUCAGGUGUCAUCCCGGAAAUUGCCCAAACAUACAAAACAGCACUCAUGUCAACAAAAAGUAAGCCGGCUAACAUUAUACCACCUUGUCACGAAACGAUCCAGAACUUGCCGCACGUCGUAGGAAGAACAAAAACAAUGGGCACCUCAGAUUUAUCACCUAAAUAUCCCAUCAGAUUAUCAGAGCACCUGAAACCCAAAACACAAGACGAACCAUUCCGUCCAACACGCGAUUCAGUUGACGUGGCUCAGACGCCGCAAGAAAAAAAAAGCCACAGCACUGUAGUUGUUACGAGCUCUGUCGAGCAUAAUAUUAAUUUAAAAGGAAACACAAAUGCAAGUGACAAGCAUAAUCCUAAAUCUAUGAUGCCCUCUAAUUCAGAAUUAACACAUUGUGGAAAAAUAGCAUCUCUAAAUGCAUCUAGUGCAAGCCUUGAUUCUAAAUGGGGGAUGUCAGCUCCCAUCUCCACCACUACUAAUUAUGCUUUGAACAGAAACACAGCCCGGAGGAACUCUUCAAAUAUUCACCGUUCAUCUACACUAAAAGAAAACAAAAAGAACUCUAGUGUGUCAUAUAAUUCUUUACUUAAAACAAGCAAUGUGUCACACGAACACAACAAAUCAAUUCAUCAUACGUUUCCGAUUCGCAACAAGACUUACCAAACAACAGACACUAGAUCAGAUCCCACUAACAAACCUCUCCUUUGUUCUGUUCUUAAUCAGAAAGAUGAAUCAAAAACAGCUUUGACUGAACGUCCUGGCCUGUCCAAAGUAUCUAAAGAUCAUAGCAAAAGCAGCUACCAGUCAAAUAUGAUACAAAACCUUCUAAAAGAGGGAUUACAUCCUAAUGAAAAGCUAUUGAGUAGUGAUCUGAUCAAGAAUGAGUUAAAGCAGUAUUCAAUUAUAUCAGAGGACGAACCCUCUCAAAAUAGCAUUCACCCAAUUAAGUCAAACAGCUCUUGUCUGCAGGCUUGCAUGGACGCAAAACAACAAACGGGUGCACGUUAUCAAGGAGGAACAGUAAUAGAAGAUGAGGGACAGUGUGCAACAUGCCCAACAGGAAGAGCAGCCCAGCAGAUGGAUUCAAAUACAGAAACAAUUGCCCUGGGCGUGUCACCCGUGCAUGCAAAUAGUAAGACUGACUCAAAUGCAGAUAAACAGACACAUUCAAAUGAUCUAACAGCCUCUGUCAUAGCGCAGGAUAAAUGCCAGCGCCUUAUCACAAAAGCGUGUUAUGAUUCAAACAAUUCAACAUUUCGACAAUCUCUCAGAGGCCCAAAGUUGUCUUUCAUUGCACCAGCCCUGUGCUGCGACGAGGGAGAACUUUGUAAGACUUGCAAUUCCGCAUCCCGCCGAAGCCUCGGGUCCGGUGAGGCUGAGGCAAUCGUCAUCCGGGAUUCCGAACUUGCCCUAAAGCGGGACUCGGCCGACUUCGUCCUGGCUCAUCCCCGCACGACUGAAGAGGCUCUUUUUUCCCCUUCUUCCCCUCUGUGCUGUAAAUCAGCAGCUACAAUACAACAUAGGCUUCAAAGUGUGGAGGCCAGUCUGGCAGCCAACAAGGACAGGAUUGCUACUCUUCUGAACAUCAUCCAUGACCUGGAGGCCAGCCACACUCCUGCCAGUGGUGGAAAAUGUUACAAAACAGGACAGGACCUUAAAAACUGUUCCACAUGCCAAAAGACUGCUUGUAUUGUCUACAGUGUGGAGUACGACUUCAGACAACAGGAAAAAAGCUUCUUGGAGAUUCUGAAUCUACAUUCAUCUAGAGGAAGUAAUACAAACUAUGUUCCACAAUUUGGUGAAUUCAGCAUUGGUUUGCUCAAGAAAGCUGUGAAGAAUAUGAAGAAGUCAAAGAAGAAAAGCAAAAAGCUCUACAGGGUUCUACUGAAGUGGCUGCCUGGGAAACUGAAGCAGUUUUAGAAGUCUUAACCCUUUAUAAGGCAGUCAUUAACCUCAAUGGCUGCCAUUGUCGGUGUUAAAUGUCCAAUCUAUUAUGACUGGGAUGGGUGAGUGAACUUUCCCAAAAUGAGAUGUCUACGUAUGUGAGCGCCAUGGACAAUAAAUAGUAUUACUCCCCCCCCCAAAAAAAAAAAUAAAUUAAUUAAAAAAACUUUUUUUUUUUAAUUUUAAAAAUUAAACAAAAAUUGCACAUCUCAUUUCUUAAUAUGGAUUUUGUACUUGAAUUUGCUUUUUAUAUUCAUGACUUUCAUUUAAAGUGUGAGUGUAAGCCUCGUGGUAUCACGAGAGAAAAUUCCAAAGUAAAAAUGUAUACUGUUACAACAGUCGUGUUCACAAAAACAUACAAUAUUUAAUAAACAAUCAGUUGUAAAUAGUAAGACUAUGUUUCCAAAUCCCCCCAAAAAAUAGAAAUUAUGGUUAGAUUUUUUGAUAGAUUUGAAUUACUAGGUCUAAUUUUUCAGUUAGUAUACACAGUAUAUAUACCGUAUGAUUGCUUCAUACAGUGGUAUAAAAAAAAGUACCUGAACCUUUUGGAAUGUGUCACAUUUCUGCAUGAAAUCACCAUCAAAUGUGAUUUGAUCUUUGUCAAAAUCACACAGAUGAAAUAACAGUGUCUGCUUUAAUUAAACCAGCCCAAACAUUUAUAUGUUUUCAUAUUUUAAUGAGGAUAGUAGGCAAACAAUGACAGGAGGGAGAAAAUAAGUAAGUGAACCAUCACAUUUAUUAUUUUGUGGCCCCCCCUUUGGCAGCAAUAACUUCAACCAGACGCUUCCCGUAGCUGCAGAUCAGUCUGGCACAUCGAUCAGGACUAAUCUUGGCCCAUUGUUCUCUACAAAGCUGCUGUAGUUCAUUCAGAUUCCUGGGAUGUCUGGCAUGAAUCACUGUCUUUAGAUAAUGCCACAGCAUCUCAAUCGGGUACAAGUCUGGACUUUGACUUGGCCACUCCAGAACAUGUAUUUUGUUCUUCUGAAAUUAUUCUGAAGUUGAUUUACUUCUGUGUUUUGGAUGAUUGUCUUGUUGCAGCAUCCAUCCUCUUUUUAGCCUCCACUGUCUGACAGACAGCCUCAGGUUUUUCUGCAAAACAUCCUGAUAAACUUGAAUUUAUUCUUCCAUCAAUGAUCGCAAGUUGUCCAGGCCCUGAGGCUACAAAACAGCCCCAAAUCAUGAUGCUCUCGUCACCAUGCUUCACGGUGAGGUGUUGAUGUUGGUGAGCUGUUCCAUUUUUCCUCCACACAUCAUGAUGUGUGUUACUCCCAAACAAUUCAACUUGUUUUUUUCAGUCCACAAAGUAUUUUGCCACAACUUCUGUGGAGUGUCCAAGUGACUUUUUGCGAACAUUAAACAAGCAACAAUGUUUUUUUUUAGGCAGCAGUGGCUUCCUCCGUGGAGUCCUCCCAUGAACACCAUUCUUGGGCAUAGUUUUACAUAUAAUUGAUGUGUGCGCAGAGAUGUCGGACUGUACCGGUGAUUUCUGUAAGUCUUUAGCAGAUACGCUAGGGUUCUCUCUUCUCCGGGUGUGUGUUUUAUAGUGGGCAGGGCAGCUUUGAACCACUCAUCAAUGAUUGGGCACACACCUGACUUAAAAUGUCAGGUAAAAAUUCGUUUCAAUUGCUCUUUAAAUUUCCUUAGGCAGAGGGUUCACUUACUUAUUUCCCCCCAUCUGUCAUUGUUUGCAUGCUAUCCUUAUUAAAAUAUAAAAACCUAUAAAUGUUUGCGUGGUUUUAGUUAAAGCAGACACUGUUUUUACAUCUGUGUGAUUUUGACAAAGAUCAGAUCACAUUUGAUGGUGAUUUUAUGCAGGAAUGUAAGAACUUCCAAAAGGUCCAGAUACUUUUUCAUACCACUGUACAUUAGCGUGUAUGUCUUUAUAGUGCUACAAACCAGUACAGUUGUCAGAGGAAAGAAACUGUUCGAAAUACAAAAUUGUAGGUAACAUCAUAUAUGAAAAUUCAAAUAAUAAAAAGGAACAACAAGAUUUUUGUUUAAUGUUCUUUGUCACAUUGUACACUUGCAUGUCAGCAUUGUUUGCAGCAACUUUUUUCCUCUUUUGUGCAACCAAGAGUAAAUAAAAUAAAUAAAUAAACACAGAAUUUUACCCACUUCUCCUCUCUUUUUGGUCAGUUUUGUUUGCAGACACGACUAAUGACUGAUUUUGACAUAAAGGCUCACUGGCAACAUUCCCUUGGGACAAGAGAGUAUGGAGGGUAAUUAGGGUUUGCUGUCACUCCUCCUUCUAGGGUCAAGUGCUCUCCAGAGAGGCUUUGGAGACACCUAGUAAUAGAAAAUAAUAGAAGUGAUCAAAAUUCUCUGGGAAGAAGUUUGUUAGUCACAAACAUUGCUUGAGGCUCACUCACGUCUCUGUCAACUGCUUGCGUGUACGAUGAUUGACAGUCAACACA